UCAGCGAGAUACCGUAUCCCCCAAUCAGCAAUCUUCAUUCCACCGACACCAACCAAGGGAGCAGCGAGCUGCGAGCUGAAGUACCUGGCUGGCGCAAACAUCCAGAUUGGGAUUCAGAUACUUGAUAGCAGAAUAUCGAUCAAGCGCCAUUUUGCUCAGCGCGGGAAAGUUGUCAGCUCUAGCAAUACUCUAGGCCAGACAGAGCUUCCGGGAUUGAUCACCUCUCCAAUAUAUAUACUCGUCCUCGCAGAAGUUUUCCGUCUCGCUUCAAUUUCUCCAUUUUGUUUCUUUUCGUUCUCUUUGAAAAUACUUAAUCGACAACAUGGUGGUCCAGCCCACUGGAAUUGGCGCCUUGCCAAACGAGAUCCUCAUUUCGAUCCUCUCGACCUUUUCGACCAUCUCCCUCCUUCCUCUGACCCUUACCUCCCAUCGCUUCCACUCCUUGAUCGCUGGAAUACUGUAUCGCCGUCUGAUAGACAUCGCCCAACUGAAGGAUAGGAAUCUUCUACUCGAAUGUUACCACCCUUCCACCAAACUAUCGACACCCUCACUGAGUUGCGAAUAUCUUGGUACAUCGGAGCUAGAUGGAUCGGGCGAGUCCUCAGAGGCAGACCUAUAUGCAGGUUUGAAAGAAUGUAAGAUUGGACAACUCGGGAAGCUGGCUGGCCUCUAUUCGCACUUCAGACCCUUGAAACCAGAGGCUGAACGCAGGACUGUGAGACGCCAUCCUGCAGGUGGUUCUUUCAUUAUGGCGGCCAACGACCUCGUCGAUGACCACGAGGAGUACGUCUGUCAAAAUGUCCACCUGGAGGCACACGAGCGCUUCAGCCAACUCUGUACGGUCACGAAUGUAGUUAAGCCUGGGCCAAGAGGACUACUACUAGGAUGCGUUAACAUUUCUGAUGGAGUCACAAGAGUUCAAAGGCACUGGUUAGCUGCGCAAGCAAGAUCCAAUCCCGAAACAAUGUCAGGGGAGAAGAGAGAGAGACUUCUUUGGGCCGACAAUAGCGAAAAUGUCGGUCUGAAAAUGAGGGUCAAGGAGAGAGACGAUGGCGCUACCCCCAUAUUGGUCCGAGAUGAUGAGGACGAAGCAGUGAGCUAUACUCUGCAGUAUGAAGAAUUAGUGAUCAGGACGAAAGAAUUACUUCUCAUGGUCGAAAAAAGCAUUGACCAGGAAGUCAGCCAUUCAGGUAAAGCUAUUGUGAUAGGAUCUUGGGACCAAUGAGCUUGGGACCGGCGAAAUUCGAACUGGAUAUCAUUCCAUUUACACAAAUGCAUGCUUACCGUACGUCUUCAACACACAGGAAUGUAUUGCGAUAGAGAUGGUAUCUUUGGAGUUGACAUACUCUCCCCAACACAUAUGUCCUGGGCUUGGGGAUGGAGGGCAAACGGGAGAGUUUCGUGAAGAGAUUUUGGUCCGUCGAUAGGCAGGCUGGCCAACAUUGAAGCAGGACAAUAGACAGUGACGUUGCUCGACUUAGUGAAC